GUUGCCCUAGACCUGUGGGAAGACCUCCAGAUCUGUAGGGAAGGGCAGAAGGAGUGGGUCACCCAGAAGAUCCGGGAGUCCCAGUUUGUCAUCGUCGUGUGUUCCAAGGGGAUGAAGUACUUUGUGGAGAAGAAGAGCUGUAGGCACAGGGGAGGGAGGCAAGGCUCAGGGGGCUCCGGGGAUGGAGGCGAGCUCUUCCUGGUGGCUGUGGCCACCGUGGCUGACAGACUACGCCAGGCCAAGCAGAGCUCGGAGGAGCUGGGCAAGUUCAUUGCUGUCUACUUUGAUUACUCGUGCGAGGGUGACGUUCCCGGAGUCCUGGAUCUGAGCACCAAAUACAAGCUCAUGGAUCACCUCCCCCAGCUCUAUUCCCAUCUACACUCGCGGUAUGCCGGCCCGCCAGACGCGGACCUCUACCCUGCCAACCUCAGCAAGAGAAAUUACUUUCGGAGCAAGUCAGGGCGUGCUCUCUACGUGGCCAUCUGCAACAUGCACCAAUUUAUCGAUCAGGAGCCCAACUGGUUUGAGAAGCAGUUCCUCCCUUUCCCUCCUCCCCUACCGCAUCAUCAGGAUCCCAUCCUGAAGAAAUUUGACUCUGGUUUGGUGCUGAAUCAGGCGGCAGAAGCUGCUGUCCUCGGUGCUGGUGCUCCAGACCCUCAUCCGCUCCUGCCCCGCUUAAGCCUGGAAGAAGAUCUGGUCUCCCAGGACGUUCACGAUGGCAGCUGCGUUCUCCGACCCUUGCUGCACACGGUGAAGGCAGUCAGUCCUCUCGAUAUGCCUAGGGAUUCGGGCAUCUAUGACUCUUCUGUGCCAUCAUCAGAGUUGUCGCUGCCUCUAAUGGAAGGACUUUUGAUAGACCAAAUGGAGACCUCUUCAAUCACAGGAAGUGUCUCCUCUUCUUCAGGCUUAGGUGAAGAGGAGCCUCCUGUCCUCCCUUCCAAGUGCAUCGAUGCUGGAGCCUGCAAAGCCGGACUCAGCGGGCACAGUUUCACCGACGAACUCCCGGCGGUCGGCCCGUUAUAA